AUGCCGCCCUCGCAUAUCCCUAGUUCUCGCGACCUCCCAACGAGGGGCCGGGUAGGACCCGAGCGUGGAAAGGGUGCCGGCCGGCCCGCGGCGUCAGGGGCGGGGCUUCCGGCCGGCGCGGAGCCGCUUCCGGUGCGAACGCCCGCACCUCCCCCCCCCCCCAGGGACCCACUGGGCACGCGCGGGCGGGAGGCGAGGCCGCGGCUGCACGCGGGGUGGGCGGGCCCCGACGCCGCGGCCGCCAGCGCGUCCCCUCGGCGCCCGGGCCCCCGGUCCUCCGUCUGGCCUCGCGGGGUGGGCGGGGCAAGCCCGCGGGAGUGCGGGGAGGGGGGCCGCGCAGGGGGAGCUGCUGCCCGAGCCAGGUCCCGGGAGUCACUCCGCCGAGGCCGGGCCCACAGUAAGCGGCAGCCCCCGAACCUGACCUCCCAGGCCGCCGCCCUCGACCCUCGCUCUGCGCGACGUCGCCGCGGCACCGGAGCGGCAAGUGCUUGCCAGCGCGCUCUGAGUACCUUCCGUCUGGGCUCCGUAUUCCGGGGCCCUCCGAGCGGCAGUCGCGAGGUGGCUGGCGCAGCUCCCACCCGCCGGGCCCCUACGACCCCGAAGCGAAGUGCUCCACGGAGUGGCCCGCGGGGGAGGGGGCGGGGCCCCCAGCUGGGGCUGCGGAUCGGACCGCGGCGGGAAGGAGGCCGAUUUGGGCUGGGUGGGAUUCGGGGGAUCCGUGAAAGGACCGUCCGGGUCCGGGGCGCCAAAGCGAAAACCCACAGACGGCGCAGGGCUGGGCAGCCUGUUGUGGCCAAGCAGCAGAGUUCCCAGUGUGUCCACAUCUUCCCAUUUGCCAAGGACAUCGCACCCCAAGUCCACUUACGCUGGCCUUCAUCCCGGGUCCCCUCCGCUGUCUCUUCCCCAGUCCCACUGCGGCCGCCAGGGACGGUCCCUGUGGCUGCGGCUGGCGUCGUUUCAAGAGGUGGCGACCUUUGGAGGAUAUGGCCGAAGAUUAGAGGUGUCUGGACGCCUCUGGGAUGGACCGCUGAAGAGUGCAGGGACACAAUGCUGGAUGGUUACGAGAAUGUGGUCCCUCCGGGAUCCUUCUUCCCGCUCUCCGUGAUGCCCCAGAAAGCUGGAAGUGACACCCCCGCUGUUCCCAGCACAAGCGAAAUGGAAGUGGACAUAAGUAACAUGAGGGAAAAGUUUCUGACAAGCGUGACAAAGUUAGUAGAGAGCAAAAGUUACAACAGCAAGGUAUUCUCCAAAGAAAAGUACUUUCAAACAAUAAAGGAGGUCAAAGAAGCCAAGGAGAAGGGGAAGAAGUCAUCACGUGACUACCGACGCGCCGCAAAAUAUGACGUGAUCUCCGUGCAAGGCACAGAGAAGCUAAUAGAGGCGACUCACGGGGAACGCGCUCGAAUACGGUAUUACGUGCACAAGGAAGAGCUGUUUGACAUUCUUCACGACACACAUCUCAAUAUUGGGCACGGUGGGCGGACCCGCAUGCUCAAGGAGCUGCAGGGAAGAUACGGGAAUGUCACCAAAGAAGUCAUUGUCUUGUAUCUGACACUCUGUAAACAGUGCCACCAGAAGAACCCGGUGCCCAAGAGAGGGCUGGGGCCCAAGCCCGUGCCUCUUAAGGACGUCGACUCCCGGUGCCAAGUUGAAGUACUUGACAUGCAGGCAUACGCCGAUGGAGAGUUCAAGUUUAUCCUGUAUUACCAGGACCGCUUGACCAAGUUUAUCAUCUUGCGGCCGCUAAGGGCCAAACAGGCCCGGGAGGUGGCCCGUGUCCUGCUGGAUAUCUUCACGAUUCUCGGCACGCCCGGCGUGCUGGAGUCCGACAGUGGCGCGGAGUUCACGAGCCAGGUUGUCAGCGAGCUCAACGGAGUGUGGCCAGACCUGAGGCUCGCGUGUGGCCAGCAGCUCCCUGGCCACGGCCGGCGCUCCCUGGAGCGAGCGAGCCAGGACGUCACGAACAUGAUUCGCGCCUGGAUGCGGAGUAACGGCUCCCGCCGCUGGGCCGAAGGCCUGCGAUUCGUGCAGCUGGCGAGGAAUCAGCUGGUGGACGAUGCCUUGCAGCAGAGCCCGUUCGAGGCCAUGUUUGGCUGCAAGGCCAAAGUCGGCCUGUUCUCGUCACACUUGCCCCGGGAAGCUGUGGCCGCCUUGCAGACCGAGGAGGAGCUGGAGGCGGCCGAGGAGCGGCUGGAGCGCAGCCUCUGCAUCCGGCAGGAGGAGAGGGCCGAGGGGGGGCCAGGCAGACCCGACGUGGAGGAGGAUGCCGACCCCGCGCCCCCGGAAGCCGCCGAGCCCAGCACCUCGCAGGGCGCCCUGGGCCUCUGCUGCUGGUGACCGGGCGCCUGCUGGGUGCCGUGCGGCCGGCUCAGAACUGUCGCCGGAUGCCCCAGGGAAAGGAGCCUGAAGGCUGCGCUCUACGGCCCGCGGCGGUCCUUGCUCCAAGGGGAAAAGCGGGUUGGGUCCGUAACGCAUGACCGCGGACUUGGCGGCUUGACGGGAAUAUGCCCUCGCGCAGCUCUGGAGGCCAGAAGUUCAAGAUCAAGGUGGCUGCAGGGCUUGUUCCUUCUGGAGGCUCGGAGAGAAUCCGUUCGGUGCCUGCCUCCGCUCCCUGGUGGCUGCUGGCCGUCCUGCGCGUUCCCUGCCUCCUCUCCGCAGGGCCUUCUCCCCUCUGUCUCUCUGCGGUCUCCUUUUCUGUCUCUUAAAAGGACGCCAUUGAUACCAGAUGCGCGGCCCUCCCCAGUCAGGGGCGAUCCCAUCUCGACUUCCUCGCCGUAAUUCUUUGCAAAGACCAAGUGAGGUCGGAUUCACGGGGAUCGGGGAUUUGGCCUUGGACAUGUCCUUCUGGGGGACACGGUUCCACCAACUGCCGCCAGGAGAAGAGUACGUUUGGCCGCGGAACGCGCACCCAUGGGGUCUCCAGCGUGUCGAGCUGGGGGUAGGGCCCUCCGUGUAUCCAGGACCUAUGCCUGCUGCCAAGCCCCGCUCAGGCAACAUCCGAAAACGCUGGGCCUCAGAGGAAGAGAUGCGGAUGAAGGACAAGCAGUGAGGAGGAGGAGAGGGGCCACCUCAGCGUCUGAGCUGCUUCCUGCUUCCGGAAGAACCGAUGCGCCACCCCUGCUGUCACAGGGCACGCACGCGGAGCUGUGACCUGCCUGAAACCUUUUAAAAGUGGGUCAGGGGGCACCUGGGGGGCUCAGUCGGUUAAGCUCCCGACUUCGGCUCAGGUCAUGAUCUCGC